UCUUCGGACUCUCGAGUGGCGACAAUUUUCUCAUCAGCUUAUUAUUUGGCGUGUUUUUUUAGUCCCUUUGUAAUCAAUUUUACUAGCUGUUCUACACGUAAAAACUCUGUGGCAGUGCUUGUCUAUUAAUUAAGCUAUUUAGUUACACUGGAAAAAUGACCUCAGCUCGGAAAAUUGAUGUCAACACCGCAACUGACGACAUUCCUCUGGAAUUGUAUGAUGCUUCCACGAAAAUCAAGUAUCAGCGGGCCAGAUAUUUCGGAAAGGGCGGAUUUGCGAAGUGCUACGAAAUAAUUGAUGUCAGCAACCACAAGGCGUAUGCCGGCAAGGUGGUGCCGAAGAAGUUGAUGGUGAAGGAGAGCCAAAAGGAGAAAAUGACUCAGGAAAUCGCCAUUCAUAGAUCUCUGAAUCACAAGAAUAUUGUGCAGUUUCACAGCUUCUUUGACGACAAGAUCAACAUUUACAUUGUGCUGGAAUUGUGCCAGAGGAGAUCUAUGAUGGAACUACAUAAGCGUCGGAAAUCGAUAACGGACUUUGAGUGUCGAUACUAUAUUUAUCAAAUUCUACAAGGACUGAAAUAUCUGCAUGAUCUCCACGUUAUUCAUCGUGAUAUUAAACUGGGAAAUUUAUUCCUAAAUGAGGAAAUGACGGUGAAAAUUGGCGAUUUUGGCUUGGCCACGAAGAUUGAGUUUGAAGGACAGAGAAAGGAGACAAUCUGUGGCACGCCAAACUACAUUGCGCCCGAGAUCCUGAACAGGAAGGGACACUCGUAUGAGGCAGAUAUCUGGUCUGUUGGAUGCGUUAUGUACACGCUGUUGGUUGGACGGCCACCGUUUGAGACGAAAUCCCUCAAAGAUACUUACUCCAAAAUCAGGAAAUGCGAAUACAAAAUUCCAAAUGUCUUGAGAACAACUUCUGCUGACAUGAUUGUGGCGAUGCUGCAAUCGCAGCCAUCGAAGCGUCCGAGUGUUAACAAACUCUUCCGCUUUGAGUUCCUCAUGAGCAAUCCGAUUCCCGUGUCGCUGCCCACCUCGUGUCUCACCAUGCCGCCGCGGGCUGAUCAGCUGGAGUACAUUGAGAGUGUGGGCAAUCGCAAGCCACUGUCGAUGGUGAAUGGCGUGAUCUCGACGGCUGUCGCUGCCAUGAAGGCGUCACACAAGCCGAGUCCACAGAAGGAGCAGAUGAAGAUGGGUCCGGCGUAUCCCAAUGAUAAGGCGUAUCAUCGUGAUGUGCGUGAACUCCAGAGGGAUCUGCACGUGCUGCUUGCGGAGCUGGACAAGAAGCCGAGCAAGACGAAUGCUGUGAUGACGCUGGAGAACACAGAUCCGGCGUCUCAGCCAAUGUAUUGGGUGUCCAAGUGGGUGGACUACAGCGACAAGUAUGGCUUUGGCUACCAAUUGUGCGAUGAGGGUGUGGGUGUCCUGUUCAACGAUGCGACCAAAUUGAUCAUCCUCAGCAAUGGAAUAAAUGUCCACUUCAUCGAUCGCAAUGGCGGCGAAACGUACAUGACGAUGGAUCAGUUCCCGCAGGAGAUUGACAAGAAGAUCAGAUUGCUGACAUACUUCAAGCGCUACAUGUCGGAGCAUUUGGUGAAAACGGGAGCGUCAAAUGUGACGGAAUUCGAUGGUCUCUCCAGAGUUCCUCAUCUGUAUGCUUGGUUUAGGACAAAUUGCGCAGUGAUUAUGUACUUGACAAAUGGAACUGUUCAGCUAAACUUCUCUGAUCACGUCAAGAUUAUCCUGUGUCCGCGAAUGCAGGCGGUGACGGUGAUUGAGCCGGACAAGAACUUCCGCACCUACACUUUCACCACAAUCCUGGAGAGCGGCUGCUCGGCUGACUUGUUGGGCAAGAUAAGAUAUGCCGCCGAGCGACUUGGGACGUGCUUUGAGGAGCAAUAAUUAAGUCGCCAGCGUGUCUUCAGUUAUGUUUUCUGUGUUCGUGUUGACACUCAUAGUCGAAUUAUUCUCAAAAAGAUGGAUAAAAUAAUAUAGAAGAUAAAGAAGAACAAGUCUGAAGACUGAUUUCGGCUAAAACAAGAAGAUUUGAUGAUGUUGAAGAUGGAAGAAAUUGAACAUUUUGAGAUAUAUAAAAAUUGUCCAUUUGCCACUUAGAAACUCACGACGUCGAUUAAUAUUCUAAGGAAGCUUGAUGUGAAGAUUAAGUAGAGAUUAGGUGUAUUUUUUUU